AGCUAAUGUUAAUGUUGGCUUGGUAGUAUGACCUCAAUGUAAAAAAUUUAGUUAAAGAUUGAUGGUGUUUCGUCGUUAUAUGGUGUGCAUCACUGAGGCAGAUCAGCUAUCUUUCUUGCGGUAAGAGCUACUUUUCUUCACCACCACAACCUCCCUUUCGCGUCGCAAAAACAUUCAGAAUUGUCGAUUAGAUCGUCAAACUGACUGUUUAAUUUUUUUUACAAUGGAGUAUCGGCAUCCUAAUGCAUUGGAUGGAAAUGAAGGUUCUCGUAUAUACGAGGAAAUUUUUGGUGCUCCACGUAAACGGGAUCCUAUUCGAGCUGUUAGUAGUCCAGUACUAAGCAAUGAUGCUACUAUGAGGAAACCAGUCAACCCUCCAAUUCGAAGAAUUCCUCGAAAGCCGAUGCCGAAUCGUUCUGCCAGUUUGCAACCUUCCAUUGCCGCCGAUCCCUCCUACAAACAGUACUCCGAGGCUUCUCCUAUAAAGAUUGUAGAUUAUUACGAUAAUUCACCUUCAUUUAUAAAUACUAGUAACCCUACAAGUCCCUUGAAUGUCAAAGGAGACUACGGUUUUUCACCUUCUCUACCUCCUUACGAUGAUUCGAUAGCACCUAAUACUAUCAACAAACAACCCUCACCUUCUACUUAUAACCGGAGUGAAUCUUUUAACUCUGCGACGAAGCUCGCUUCUUCUCCCGAGAGAUAUAACCCCAUUGCCUAUCAACGUCAAAACUCAAUAGCCAGUACCGUGGUCGAACCAGAGCCCUAUGAAGAAAUGUGUAUGAAUUCGAAUGCUGCAUCAGCGGUAGAAUCUAGAAGCAACAGCAUGCAAUCAAGCCAUGCUUAUUAUCAGAAUCCUCAAAAUCUACCUGGGUCGUCUUCAGCUGUUAGCAUGAAUGUUCGUCAAGGUAUAGAUGUACCUCCAAAACGACCAGAAUCAAGCUCUCUACAUGCAACAAAUCGUCAACCUUCUUUCUCAUCUUCCAGUCCAAUUUCCCCUGCCUCUACUAUGACUUCUGGAUUUAACUUUCCCGUUGCAACGUCUCCUGUAGAUACUCAACCGAGCAGAACAAGUACGCCUGCUCAUCCUUCUUCUCCCUUUUCCAAACCCGCAAUAUCAAGACCUAUUUCUUCAGCAUCAGUUCCCGUUCGCGGUCCUCCGGCGGCUAAUCUUAGAAUUGUACCUCCCCCACAAAGGAAUCCUAGAAAUCAUUCCUUUGAUCAUGCUAGUAUUGCACAUUUGGAGGCUAUGAAGCAGAAAAAUCUACAUGCUGAAGCUACUUCGCGUUCAUAUACUUUAAGUUCCUACAAGUCGUCUGAAUCAGCAACUAUAUCAGAAUCUUCAACUCAUCCAUCAAGUCCUACCGCGUUUACUCCUUCUGGAAGGAGCUCCCCUGCUGGAAAGCUCAAGAAAAAGCGUAAAAUUUAUGCUGCCUUACUUUCCCGCGUUGCUGAAGAAUUUACUGCACGAGCACAACUUAAUGACAUUUCCAAAGAUGGUCUUAUUUAUUCCGAUGCUUUUACAGGAGACUAUGCAGUGGCACUUCUUAUGGGAAUAAUUCAUACCUCAGAUCGUACCCUAGCAUUGCUUGUUGGUAGAUCUUUAGAUGCACAAAAAUUUUUUCAUGAUGUUACUUAUGACCAUCGACUUCGUGAUUCCCAUCGAGAAAUUUACCAGUUCCAAGGCAUAAAUUACCGGCGCCUUAUCUCUCAUGAUGGGGGUACCCACAGGGACCGUUUUUCUCGUGAUCACAAUGAAGAAUUUGAGUCAGGUAUGCCAAAUCCUUCCUCUGCCAUGGAAGAUAUACGGUUCCCCAAUGGUGUUUUUACUUUGUUAACUCGCUGUUAUUCUCCUACUUGUGCUAAGGAUCAUCCCUGUUAUUCUAUCUCUUGUCCACGUCGUUUAGAACAGCAGCAUCGCAUGUUUGCUAAGAUGAGGGCUAAUGCCGAGCAGUCAUCUUCCCUAAAUUUUGAUGACAAAGAACAAAAAUUGUGGAUCCAUAGUGUUCCUAAAGAAAUCGCAAACAGCGUUAGUGAACGUGAGCGAAAAAGACAAGAAGUUAUUUGCGAAGUUAUAUAUACUGAAAGAGAUUUCGUCAAGGAUUUGGAAUAUUUACGUGAUUAUUGGAUAAAGCCUCUUUGGGCAUCAAAUUGUAUACAUGAACGGAAAAAGGAAAAGUUCAUUCGUACUGUCUUUUUGAACGCCCUAGAAGUCCAAGCUGUGAACUCUAAACUUGCUGAAGCUUUAACCAGAAGGCAAAAUUAUAAACCUAUCGUUGAUAACAUUGCCGAUGUGUUCUUGGAGCAUGUACCAAAGUUCGAACCUUUUAUACGUUAUGGUGCCGGUCAAUUACACGGAAAAUAUGAAUUUGAAAAGGAGAAGGCUAAUAAUCCUGCUUUCGCUAAAUUCGUUUACGACGUUGAGCGAAUGAAAGAAUCUAGAAAACUAGAAUUAAACGGAUAUUUAACAAAACCCACUACUCGAUUAGCGAGAUACCCCUUACUUUUGGAGGCUGUUUUAAAAUAUACUGAAGAAGGAAACCCUGACAAGCAGGAUAUACCAAAAGUAGUUGGUAUUAUCAGGGGAUUCCUUUCACGUCUUAAUUUAGAAAGUGGAAAGGCUGAAAACCGGUUCAAUCUCUUCCACUUAAAUCAACAACUCGUGUUUAAGCCUGGAGAGCAUUACGAUUUACAUCUUCUGGAUGCUAAUAGACAACUUAUUUUCAAAGGACCACUGAAAAAGAGGAGUACAACUUCUAGCGCUCUGGAUUCCAAUUCGGACGUUAGUAUGUUUUUAUUCGACCAUGCACUGUUGAUUGUAAAGCCUAAAAUUAUAAACAAAAGGGAAAUAUACAAAGUUUACCAGAGACCGAUCCCCUUGUUACUCUUGCAACAAUAUUUAGUUGACGAAGCUGGGACUCGAAUUCCUUAUUCAAAUAAGAGUCAACUUGCAGCGGUUUCAAAAGUGGCAAAUGGGAAGCCGCCAGGAAGAUUACAUCCUUUCAGUCUGCAACUUUUAGGUAGACGGGGAUAUGAAAUUACCCUUUUUGCUUCAACAGAAGUAGGUCGUGAUAAAUGGUUAGAACAUAUUGACCACCAACAAACUUUGUUACAACAUAGAAGUCAAUGGUUUGAAACUGUAACAGUAUCAUCUGAUUUCUUCGUCGGUGACAAUAAAGUUAAUGCGAUUGGUGUUUAUGAUAGUGGUCGUCGCUUGUUGUAUGGAACUGAUUAUGGCGUUUAUGUAUCGCUUCGCAAGUCUAAUACUCCUCUUCAGUUUAAGCCCGUCCGAGCUCUCAAUAUGUCAAAUGUAUUUCAAUUGGAAGUUAUUGAAGAAUUUAAUUUAUUACUACUGCUAUCUGAUAAAACACUAUACUCCUAUCCAUUGGAAAUGAUAGAGGCGGAACCCAAUCAAGCGCCGAAGAAGCCUAGAAAAAUUUGCGGGCAUACUACCUUUUUCCGUGUUGGUAUUUGUUUGGGGCAAGUUUUGGUUUGUGCAGUUAAAAGUUCGGUAUUAAGUGCUACCAUCAAAGUCUUCGAACCAGUACCACAUCUCGCUAAAGGAAAGAACCUGCCCAGUUUUAAGAAGCUAUUGGCAGUAAACCAAGACCCUUUACGAAUCAUUAAGGAACUUUACAUCCCUACAGAGUCAACUUCAGUACAUUUCUUAAAAAAUAAGCUUUGUGUAGGAUGCACCAGAGGUUUCGAGGUUGUUAGUCUUGACAAUCUAGAAACUCAAUCCCUUCUUGAUCCUGCAGACACUUCGCUUGAAUUUGUCGAACGCAAAGAAAAUGUGAAGCCGAUUGCUAUAUACCGCAUGAACGGUGGUGAAUUUUUGUUAUGUUAUACUCAAUUUGCAUUCUUUGUGAAUCGUGAUGGAUGGCGUUCUCGUUCUACUUGGUUUGUCGUCUGGGAAGGCACUCCUCAAAACUUUGCUCUUAGCUACCCAUAUAUACUAGCAUUUGAGCCAUCUUUCAUUGAAGUCAGACAUGUGGAGACGUCAGAACUAGUGCAUGUUAUUCCCGCUAAUAAUAUCAGAUUGCUUGCGGAUGGACGAGGAAAAUUAGGAGAAGGCGGUGAGAUUUUUUAUGCUUGUGAUCAGCGUAGAGACAACGUUGACACAAGUGUCGUCUGUUCCCUUCGACUGACCAGUGCUGAUGCAAAUGUACAAGUAAAGGAAGCUUUGACUCCAAGCAAAUGAGUCUUAUGAUGAAAACGAUGUCAUUCGUUCUAUUUAUUUAGGUUAAUAUUUUAUGGGUUACAUUUAGGUUCAUAUUUUAUUUGAGAUUUAAUUUUUAAGGGUACAUGAAUUUAAUGACGAAUAAAAUUUUUUGUGCUUGCAUAA